UGCAACACUCGAUGGUUAAGUUUCACUCUGAGUUUGCACUUGUCUGACAAAUAUAUUACCAAUUAUCGAGGAGUGGAACACCUGGAGGUGGUGCAAGUGGUGGUGGUGGGUUGGACACUGGAUUUCCGCUGGUUCCAAGUGUUGGGCAUGUGUUGGGCAUGUGUUGGGUAUUGAUGAUGUGAGGGAUACGUUGGAUCUCUUCAGCUAGGAGGUGUCUGCCGCUGUAAACGAAAAGAGAUGAAACAAGUUUUGUAAUUUAUUGUGGAAAUAUAUAUAUUUUUUUUUUGAGGAGAAUGGAGGAGGUGAGGGAUGAGGACAACAGGCGAUUGUUCUGAGUGUUCGGUGGGUGGAAGAUGUUAGCGUAGCCGGUGGAAGUGGGGGAUUGAUAAAGAAAAAGAAGUGACAAGUUGUUCUUGUGACGGUGAUGGCUCUAUUAUCGGGUGAGCCUUCAAUAUCUCGUUUAAUGUUUAUUUAAUCUGAAUGUCGAUAAUGGUCGAUGAUGGUCGGGGAAGAUCGAUGCGUUCUUCAGCGAAUUUUUAAUUGCUGAUGAGCUGUGGGGAUGCAGGGGAAAGAGUCCAUGGGGAAUCGAUGGAGAUUUUUUGGGGAUCGAUGGAUAACAGACUGAUGUGAGGGACUCAUGAUUUAUUACCUGAGAAUGUGCGAGACUGAAGUGACAACGGCCAGACGAUCAUGAUUACAUUCCAGCUGGGUCGCUCCAACCUGAGGUGCGUCAGAUAUAGCAGACACCUGGAUGAUGCUCUUGCUCUUGUUGUUUUCUCCAUGUGGAUUGUUGGAUCCUUCUGCGUCAAAGAUAUACCGAUAUCUCAGGUUGUCGCUGUGGAGGGCGAUGGCACAUAUUUACCCUGUGACAUAUCGACGAAUGAUGAAGGGGAUUCAGUUCACCUUGUCCUCUGGUAUCGGGAGGACCUCGAUGCAUCGGUAUACAGUCUCGAUGCCCGCGGGCGAGACUUUGGCAUUGCUGAGAGAUGGUCGGACAACGCCGUUUUCUCCAAUAGAGCCUAUUUUCUACCGGAUGAGAAACCAGCGAGGCUUGCCGUUGAUAGAAUACGAGAGAACGAUGCCGGUAUCUAUCGUUGCAGGGUCGAUUUCAAAAAGGGACAGACCAGAAAUUCUAAAGUCAAUCUCACGGUUAUAGUACCACCUCAGGAAAUUGUGAUAACAGAUGAGAAUGGAGUUACCAGAACAUCUCAGGUUGGGCCUUACGUCGAGGGAAGUGAUCUGGAGCUGCACUGCGAUGUUUACGGUGGUAAACCGAGUCCAACAGUCGCUUGGUAUCGAAAUCAGCAGAUAUUCACGGAUAAAGCCGAUAUUAUCCAGCAGGGCAUCAUCAGGAGCACAAUGAUCAUCAAGAAUUUGGAGAGGAGAGAUGUAUACACGGAGCUGACGUGUGCUGCUACUAAUUAUAAUAAGACAACUCUCUUAUCGGCAUCUGUGAGCAUCGAGAUGAAUCUUGAUCCUCUGGGUGUCACUAUUAUCAACUCGAACAAGCCAUUAUCCGCGGGAAAGCACUACGAGUUGACCUGCGAGUCGUUCGGUUCGCGUCCACCUGCAUCGGUGACCUGGUGGUGGGACGGUGAACACCUGAAGAGCCCGAGAGUCUCCACCUCCAACGACGGCAACAUCACCAGGAGUUUUCUCUCAUUCACACCGACGCAGAAUGACGCAGGCAGACGCUUGUCCUGUCGUUCGGAGAACCGUGAAUUGUCGAUGGGUCCCAUCGAGAGCUCGUGGAUCCUGGAGAUCAACUAUAAACCUGUGACGCGAAUUAAGCUGGGUACGUCUCUCAAUAGAAAUGCUAUUCGGGAGGGAACGGACGUCUACUUCGACUGUCUGAUCGACGCCAAGCCACCGGUCUACAAAGUCGAGUGGCGUCACGAGGGUAGAACACUGCAUCACACUGUACCCCACGGAAUCAUCAUCAGCAAUCAGUCACUGGUGCUGCAGGGAGUGGAGAGAAGAUCAGCGGGGAAUUACACCUGUGUCGGAUACAACAGCGAGGGCGACGGGGAGAGCGAUCCUUACGACCUGAACAUCAUGUUUGCACCGACGUGCAAGCCGAAUCAGACGAAGAUUCAUGGAGUGGCCAAACAGGAGAAGGCCAACAUCUCCUGUCAGGUCGAGGCUAAUCCACCGUUGGUGGAGUUCAGGUGGACCUUCAAUAAUUCAGCUGAGAGCAUCGAUGUCGCUGCCACUCACAUCGCCAAGACAGGCAUCUCCUCGAUUGUGUCCUACACUCCCAUGACGGAGCUGGAUUAUGGGACUCUGCUGUGCUGGGCCAGCAAUGUCAUCGGAAGCCAGCAGGUACCCUGUGUCUAUCAUAUUAUUCCUGCUGGUCAUCCUGACAUGGUGCACAACUGCUCGACCCACAAUACAUCUACUAGCUCCUUCUCGGUGAGGUGCAGCGAAGGCUUCAACGGGGGUCUUCAGCAGUCCUUCAUGCUGGAGGUGAAGGAGAGCAAUAGUCAGGAGCUCAGGGCGAAUCUCACAUCAGCUGUUCCAUACUUCAGUGUCACCCAUUUGAAUCCGGGGAUGCUGUAUCAAGCCUGCAUCUACGCAUUCAAUGAGAAAGGCAGGAGCGAGCCAAUGGUGGUGCAGGCUGGAACCCUCAGGCUCCCUGAGAAACAACUCACCAGUGACACCGGAAAAUCCAGGGACAGACCGAGGCAUCACGUCAAACUGACGCCCAUGUUGAGUGUUAUGAUUGGAGUUGUUGCUGCUCUGGUUAUCGUCGCUGUUAUUGUCAUUGUCGUAUUGAGAAUUCAGAAUGGUAAUCCGGAUGAUCAGGGGAAGCCACAUCUUGAAGAGCAUCACAAGAGCUCGAAGAGCAUUCCGAUUCAGAGGGAGCUAAGGUUCAGAGAGGGCUGUAGUUUGAUCACUGAAGAGAAACACGUCAGCACCGCUUUUGUCAAGUCUAUGGAGGCUAGUGGAGAAAUCAGUGAGGGGGAUGAUAAGAAUCCUGAUAUCAUCCCUCAGCAAGUUGCUGGUGGGGGUGAGGAGCAGAUUGAAUUUGUGCGGAAGCAUCGGCUUCAAGCUGUCUCCACUAUUGAUACGUCACCGUCGAGAGCUAGGUGCAGUUUGAUUGAACAGGGGAGUGGUACAACUAGUUCUAUCUCUGGGCAUGGGAGUUAUGCUGGUUACUGCACUAUCAGGAGUAGCAUGCCUCUCAGGGAACUCACUGCCAUGGCUUCCAGCAAACACAAAAGUUUCCAACCGAUGAUGACAGCAGAUGCGGUUUAUGGUACAGGUGUCUGUACUCUACCCCGUCAGCACUGGCCAAGUCAUUCAACUCCUCAAUCCAUGACAAUGAAUCCACCAGCUGUUCUUUACACUGGCCUUGGUAUAGUGGGUCGUACGUGUCCCAGUGCCACACUACUCACCAAAGACAUGGAACCAACGAGAAUCCAAGGACCAAGACUCGCUGCCAUUCAGACAUCCAAGGAUUCCACCACGUCCAUGAAUAUUCCACAAGUCACCAAGAGGGAAAGCUCUGUGUGACCUGAUUACUUAUCGCCUACUCUCAUCAUCGCUUUAUCACAAUUAUCUCUGUCGGGAUUCAUCCCUCCGUUUUAAGGGAUGGAUUGGUAUUUAUUUUGGAUUGCAUCCGGGAAAAAUCUAUCGGAAUUUUUGAGGGUGUCACAGAUUUUUUUUAUUGGAUUCCUUUUUUUUUGUGGAUUCAGUGGCUGGAGUUAUUGAUGGUUCUUGAGAUUAUCUGGUCAUGAUAAUUUCCGAGGGUUGGAAUCUUCAGAGAGGUAUGAGGGCUGAGAGUUUUCGAAUGAUCGAGUAUUUUUGGAGAAAACACACGUGCGCAAUGAUAUUAAUUAUAACAAGUAAGUUGUAAUCAGUAUGAUAAUUACAGUCAUAAGGUAAUAUUAUGGAUAUGGUAAUGGUAAUCCAGUCAUUGGGAACGAAUAAAUUACGUAAUUUUUCGCCAAUUGUAAAUAUAUUUGUCAUUGAAGUAUUUUAUACAUAAAUUUUCAGCUGCUCCACGUUUUAUUUCGAAACUUUACGAUUAAGGGUGCAAAAUGGAUUUGAGAUCGCGUUUGAGUUUGGAAAUAUCUUCUGGUAUUUUUAUUCUGCCAAUCUCGAGUUAUUGACAGCUCAAUUGACAGAAUGUAGUCGAGUAGAUCAAUUUACUGAAUUACGGAUUUUUUCGACGAUGAAUAUCUCGAUAGCGACUGGUUUUAGGAGGAAAUCUGAUAAGAGUUUUUAUGGAGAGAAUUUUGGGAGCUACAAAAAAGUCAGAUGGUAUUUCUUGGUAAACUUAAACGUUUCUGAUAUAUUCUCUUUGGUAGGAAGUGGCAGUUUUCGCGAAAUUGACAUUUUGUGGUUUUCCAUUCUCGUGGUGGAUUGAGUUGAAUCCAUUUUGCCCCAGCCGUUUUGAAUAUUCAUUUCCGUUCUGUGGGAGGAUUGGUGAAUAUAAUAUUAGGGAAUAUCACCGGAUUAAAGCAGACUCUCUGUACAUUAACAACAGCGAAAUGUCAUUGAUUUAUGGGCGGAUCCGAUGCAGACAUCGUAAUUUAAUGAAACAUAUCGUUCUGUUUUCCGGUGAUGAAAGCCGACAUUUAUAUAGAGGAUGAUGAAGAAACAAGGUGUUGAUGAUCGUCAGUGAAUACUACGGAACUGUGAACUGUGAAAUGCAGGGAAAUUGUCUGCUUUAAUCUGGUUCUUUAUUAUUAGGUAAAUAAUUCGUUACAACGUGUGUAUAAUGUAAAAAGUCAACUGUCAGUUCAUUCGUCGGUUCAUUCCGGAUUUUUCGAGAAUUUUCUGACAAUUUUUCAACGGGGAAAUCAUCCAUUCACGUUUAUUUCAUUGAUUUUUCAAUUAUAAAUUCAGAUGUGAAGGAAUGACGGUGAAGUUUUGGAAAUAUCUCCGGAUCGAAGGGAGAUACGCCAUUUUUUGUUAGGACUUUUUUUCUGGCUGUUGAGAUUUCCUAUAAAAAAGUUCACUACAAGAUUUUCGUAUGUCCGUUGCCUUCAGAGAUAUACCGUCUCAGAAAAAACGAAUUUUUCUGGCUUCACCCGUUUGCUCUUGAAUUUUAAACAAAAUAAAGGGAAUAUUAUCAAUCUUAUCAGAAAAAUGUUAUCGCCAUCAAUGGAAUUGAUGUGAGUGCACGAGUGAUGAUAAAUUGUAAAUCUUUUCAUGAAAACUAGAGGCAGAAUAAAUUCCGUUAUUUUAUCGAAUUUUCCAGAUUGCAAAGUUAAAAAGAAAGAAAAUCUUUUUUAAAUUUUUACAGACGAAUAAAUGAGUGGAGGGAGUCUUGUGGGCUCUUGUGCAACUGGAAAUACUUCACUAUUGCAUUAAAUACUUAUGGACAUGAUACGAAUAAUAAAACACUUUCGAAUAAAUUUCAGUGAGUUAAAAUUCGUAAUACGGAAAUUGUUAAAUUAAUCAUUGAUAAACUAGGUUUGCUAUUUUCAUGAGUAAACUAUAGUGUUAGUAUCAUAGUAAA